ACGCAAUAAUCAGUGAUCAACCGUUUGAGACGCAAAAUCAAUUUGUGGAUAAAUAGGUCCAGCGGUAUGUAUAGAUAUUUCAAGGACACUUAUUUUUGUCUUUCUACAUCGCUUUUUUUGUUUUGUGUGUGUGUGUAAGCGCUGUCGCCUAUAUCCCUCGAAGUGGUACAGAAUUAGGCUUUAGAGGACAUCACGGAAGGUUACAGUAUCCGACUCGAACAAGCUGUGAGAUAGGCGCGAGCGAUUAAAUUUUAGAAAGCGCUAACAGGUUUUUUUUUUUGUUUGUUUUUUUUUGUUUUUUUAAAGCGUCAUUUAUUAGACUAUCAUGACGGAUUCCGUCGUGGACGCGAAGUCGGAGGUUAAGCAGGCCAGUAAAGAAUUUAAGGAGAGUGAGAAUGUGGCGGAGAAGUACUCUGCGUUGACUGUGUGUAAGAAGAGCGAGGCGAGCGCAGGCGAGCUGCCCGCCGCAUUCACUGCGGUCAGCACACACAAGAGCCUCAAGAAGCAGAUUCAGUUCGCCAAUCAAGAGGAUAAACAGGAGUUCAGCAAGUUCCCCACUAAGACGGGCCGCCGCUCACUGUCCCGCUCCAUCUCCCAGUCCUCCACUGACAGCUACAGCUCUGCUGCCUCGUACACAGACAGCUCAGACGAUGAGACAUCUCCUCGAGAGAAGCCUCAGGUCAACUCCAAAGGUAGCAGUGACUUCUGUGUCAAGAACAUUAAACAGGCCGAGUUUGGCCGAAGGGAGAUCGAGAUUGCAGAACAAGAUAUGUCUGCUCUCAUCUCAUUGAGAAAGAGGGCUCAAGGAGAGAAGCCUCUUGCUGGGGCCAAAGUGGUCGGCUGCACUCACAUCACCGCACAGACUGCAGUCCUGAUUGAGACGUUGGUGGCUCUGGGUGCUCAGUGUCGUUGGGCUGCAUGUAACAUCUACUCAACUCAGAAUGAGGUGGCUGCUGCCUUGGCAGAAAUAGGAGUGGCUGUUUUUGCUUGGAAAGGAGAGUCUGAGGAUGAUUUCUGGUGGUGCAUUGAUCGCUGUGUCAACACAGAAGGCUGGCAGGCAAACAUGAUCUUGGAUGAUGGUGGUGACCUCACACACUGGGUAUAUAAAAAGUACCCCAGUGUGUUUAAGAAGAUACAAGGAAUUGUGGAGGAGAGCGUCACUGGAGUUCAUAGACUCUACCAACUCUCUAAAGCCGGAAAACUGUGUGUCCCUGCCAUGAAUGUCAACGACUCUGUCACCAAGCAGAAGUUUGACAACCUUUACUGCUGCAGGGAGUCCAUCUUGGAUGGUCUUAAGAGAACCACAGAUGUCAUGUUUGGAGGGAAGCAGGUAGUGGUUUGUGGCUAUGGAGAGGUGGGCAAGGGUUGCUGCUCUGCUCUGAAAGCUUUGGGAGCCAUUGUGUGUGUAACAGAGAUCGACCCGAUCUGUGCCCUCCAGGCCUGCAUGGACGGCUUUAAGGUUGUCAAGCUGAAUGAAGUUGUGCGUCAAAUGGACAUGGUGAUCACGUGCACAGGGAAUAAAAAUGUGGUAACCCGAGAGCAGCUGGAUCGUAUGAAGAACGGCUGCAUUGUGUGUAAUAUGGGUCACUCUAACACAGAGAUUGAUGUGGCAAGUCUCAGGACCCCGGAGUUGACGUGGGAGAGAGUGCGCUCUCAGGUGGACCAUGUGAUCUGGCCUGAUGGGAAAAGGGUCAUCCUGCUGGCAGAAGGGCGCCUUCUGAACUUGAGCUGCUCCACUGUGCCCUCAUUUGUGCUUUCCAUCACAGCCACAACACAGGCCCUCGCACUAAUAGAGCUGUACAACGCACCAGAGGGCCGCUACAGACAGGAUGUUUACCUGCUGCCCAAAAAGAUGGAUGAAUAUGUGGCUAGUUUGCAUUUGCCCAACUUUGACGCUCACCUUACGGAACUGUCAGAUGAACAGGCCAAGUAUAUGGGCCUUAAUAAGAAUGGACCUUUUAAACCAAACUACUACAGAUAUUAGUUUCUAUGAGUCACAAAGACCUUCAUCAGGAAUGAAGACACCUGCAUUAUUCAACGAGCCAAGAGAUUUAUUUUCUAUUUACUGUCCAUUUCUAGAAGAAGAACUUGAUUUUAAGUGAAUGUUCUUAUAGUGUCCUUAAACACCAAAUAAUCGAUUGUCAUACAUAUAAUCUAUACCUAUAAUUAUACUCUUCUAGCACUUAAUUAGAAAACUUAUUCUGUAUGGAUUUGUUAUGUUUAAAUCAUAUUAUAAGAGGACCAUAUAAUUUAAAUUGUGGGUGGUGGUGAAGAUUUUUGGGGAGCAUGUUUUGGGAAAUAAUCCUAUUUUUAACUUUAUUGUCAUUUCAGUGCUUUUAUUAUGUGUUGUAUGACUUCUCUUUAUGCUAAUGGAAAACCAAAAACAGUCCAUACACUGAAUUAUGAACCCAUCAUUUAUCUCAUAAUUAUGAACCAUUUACCUGGAAAAAAAAAUCUGGAUCAAGUCAUCUUUAGGUGUAGGAUUUUUUAUGUUUAUUUAUUUAUUUUUUAAAUAUACUCGCUUUUAAAGCACUUCAUCUAAUUUAUUUUAAUAUGCAAAAAAUUGACAGUCCCCCCCCCACCAGAAUAAUAUUUUAUAAAAACAUUACAUGAGAGUUCUGCAGAAUGAUUUCAGGCCUACUUUGUCUUUGCUAUAUAUGCUGUGGUAUGUAUAUUACUCCCAAGGGCUAGAGUGCUCAGAUACUAUAUAUUAGUUAUACACACUGGGAGUAUCACUACAAUAUGUAGCCUGUAUGACAUUAAUACAGCUUCCUCCAUCUUUUUAAAUAAUAUUUGAUGGCCUUUGACAAACUUUUACUCCUUUUUUUUCCUAAUUAUAUUAGCUUAGUAUGAGUUGUGUGUGUGUAUAUAUACAGGUGCAUCUGAAAAAAAUUUGAAUAUCAUGGAAAAGUUCAAUUUUUCCGUAAUUUUAUUCAAAAAGUGGAACUUUCAUAUAUUCUAGAUUCAGUACAUAUAAAGGGAAAUAUUUCAAGCCUUUAUUUUUGUUUUAAUCUUGAUGAUUAUGGCGUACAGCUCAUGCAAAUCAAAAAUCCAGUAUCUCAAGAUAUUAGAAUAAAGAAUUUAUAAUACAGAAAUGUCAACUUCUGAAGAGCUCUAAUCAGAUAAUUAACUCAAUCACCUGCAAAGGUAUUUAAAGAGCCUUUAAUCUCUCAGUCCGGUUCAGUACACAACCACAAUCAUGAGGAAGAUGAAAGUAAAUUUUGCAUUUCAUUUGGAAGUCAAGGUCCCAGAGUCUGGAGGAAGAGUGGAGAGGUACAGAAUCCAAGUUGCUUGAAGUACAGUGUGAAGUUUCCACAGUCAGUGAUGAUUUGGGGUGCCAUGUCAUCUGCUAGUGUUGGUCCACUGUGUUUUCUCAAGUCGAGAGUCAAUGCAUCAUCUACCAGGAGAUUUUAGAGCACAUCAUACUUCCAUCUGCUGACAAGCUUUAUGGAGAUGCUGAUUUCCUUUUCCAGCAGGACUUGCACCUGCCCACAGUGCCAAAACUACUAGUAACUGGUUUGCUGACCAUGGUAUUACUGUGCUUGAUUGGCCAGCCACCUCGCCUAACCUGGUAUUGUCAAGAGGAAACUGAGAGACGCUAGACCCAACAAUACAGACGAGCUGAAGGCCGCUAUCAAAGCAACCUGGGCUUCCAUAACACCUCAGCAGUGCCACAGGCUGAUUGCCUCCAUACCACGCUGCUGCAUAAAUUAACAUUCUUUUCAGAAGGUCGACAUUUCUGUAUUGUAAAUUCUUUAUUCUGAUAUUUUGAGACACUGGAUUUUUUUAUUUCCAUGAGCUGUAAGAUGUAAUAAUCAAGAUUAACACAAAAAAGGCUUGAUAUAUUUCACUUUAUGUGUAAUGAAUCUAGAAUAUAUGAAAGUUCAAUUUUUGAAUUAAAUUACGGGAAAAAAUUAACUUUUCCACGAUCUUCUAAUUUUUUGAGAUGCACCUGUAAUAGUAAUAAUCAAUUACUAUUCGUCAUAAGAGUCAUAAUCAUUUAGGCUAUAUUCAGAAAUCAGCCAAGCAAAUAAUUAUUUUAAUAUUGAUUUUUAAUUAAAUAAAGUUUAUGAAAUUUUGCUAGCAGACAUUUUGCAGCGUGCACACACAUGCACUAAUUCAUAUAUAAAAUUAACAAAACACUCUUAAACAAUUAUCACUGUGAUUGAGUAGGCCUGCUAUUUAUCUACCAGUUCUUACAUGUUAACAUGUUUCUCAUGUAUUAAAUAACAUUCCCUGCCUUGUUUAUCAUUAAAUGUUUGUUCUGUUCCAAAUCUGAA